AUGGAAACAGAAGAAUCAGAGGAAGAAGAUCCCAAGGAGAGAAGUCCAUCUUCUACAUCAGAAGAGGAAUCAGAACUAGAAUUUGUGGAAGAUGUUGAGCUAAAAGAUAUCCGUAAGCACGUGAAGUGUCCAAUAUGUUUAGGAGUUAUAAGGAAAACAAGGACUGUCAUGGGAUGUCUCCAUCGUUUUUGUCAAGAGUGCAUUGAUAAGUCAAUGAGACAAGGGUAUUCUUUACAUCAAAAAAAUGCAUUUCCUGCCUGCAGAAAACAUUGUGCCAGCCGACGUUCAACAAGACCCGACCCAUUAUUCGAUGCUUUUAUUGCAGCUACAUUCGGCAGUAUCGAUAGUUAUGAGGAGCAGGAUUUGGAAUUUGAUGAAGAUGAGUUGGCUCGUAAUAAGCAGGUCAGAACACGAUGCCCUUGCCUCUAA